AUGAAGACGCGCGUUUUGGCGUGCCUUAUUGUCUGCGCAAUUACACGGACUCUCGGACAUGAAGGGGCUUCGAACGCUUCGGUCUCCUUGGGUUCCCUCAGCUCUACGGCAUCGAGACUGAGCCCAAUCAAAAAUGGCGCCAAAGCGUCAGACAAAAGGUUUGGAAACCUGACGAAUACCUCAUCCGGUGAUAUUGCCAUACAGUUAAAUGAAAUGACCUGCCCAAGCGUUCGACGCGUAGUCGUAACUGAUAUCACCGACGGCGGUCACAGGAUGGUUGAGGCGUUUCUGGACAAAACAGAAGAAAAAGCAACUGCAUGCUAUUGCAAUAUCAUCGGUGAUAGGGCUCUCAUUGAGGAGAUUAUGCAAUAUAUUAACAAAGACAUUAUUGAAAAAACGACCAAGGAAGGAGUGCAGUAUUAUCUAAACCUGUGUGAUAGCAUUAAGUCCAAGAGAGAUAAAGGCAGCUUGGAAUCCCUCUUCGAAAGAAUAGCCGAGAAAUUACAGCGCCUCUUCAUAUUUCCCGGGACCAAGUGGUGCGGAGCAGGUGAUGUGGCUAAAAACUACUCCGAUUUAGGAGUGCACAAGGGGACUGACAUGUGCUGCCGCACACACGACAUAUCGACCGAUAACAUCCCGGCACUGCAAACCAAGCACGGCAUCACCAAUAAUAACUUCUACACGAUGACCAACUGCGAGGAUGACCGCCAGUUCUACAAUUGCCUCUCGAAUGAUAACAGCGAUACAUCUAAAGCAGUCCGAACGAUCUUCUUCGAAUUUCUUAGCGUAAAGUGCUUUUCCUGCACCUAUCCUAGGAAAUGCGUAAAAAAUAAUCCGUCCCACAACCCUUCAAAGUGUAAGAAGUACGAGCUUGUCAAAUCGGCCCCCAAGAAGUGUCAGAUCUUGCCACCUUCAUACUUCAAGGACAUCAACAAUAGAAAGCGGAGUCAGAAGAACCAGGUGCGCUUGACGAUUGCAGAGAACGAUCCGGAAACCGUGACCGAGAACGCCGGUGUUUGGGUCAAAACUGAAGAACCGGAAGACAAGCCGGUCCUUGAGAACGAAAAUUACUUCGGAAACAUCGUUGAAGGCGAUGACACCACUCCAGUCAUAUCUGAGGAACCAGUCAACAAUUGA